CAUCGAGUCUGCCGGAAAUCAACAGAAGAAGAAGAAGAAGACGACAUCUAGCUUUACCUGUAUAUGACAUCUGCGUGAGCCGUGGACCCUCUGCUUCCGGAGCGAAAAGGACAGUAGGACACCGAGAAAGUAUUCGUUUAACCUGAAUGAAGGUUCAAAUAGUAUUUAUCUCAAUUUCGCACGGAAGGACAGUUGUUUGUAACUGAAAUGGCGGUACAGGGGGGACAAUUCUUCCAAGAAAAGGUCAGCAGGUUGCUCAGCAAAAAGAAUGGAAAACCUGUACUCAAACCCAACAAACCUCUUGUCCUAAGAGAUCAAGUGUCCAGCCGCAAACCCAAGAAAGGAGAGGCCACCUGUAUCACGGAGUUGUCAGUCAUGAUGACGUGUUGGAAGCAGAACAACUUUGUAGAGAGUCUGUGCUCCAAAGAGAUGGAUGAUUUCUCCUCAUGUAUUAAAAAGGCCCAGGCUUCGAAUAAAACGGACGCUACUCUUCAAGGAGGACGUCUGCAACCGAAACAAGCCAACACACUGUUAAAGAGAUAUCCUACUCAUCGUUUUGAGAUCUAGAACAUUUUUUUUUUUGCUUUUGGCAUUAGUGUAAAAUAUUUUUUAAAAAAGCAACGCUGCCAAGACUUGUAAUAGUUUUCAAUCAUGCUGCAUCCAGUGCUAUUUGUCACAAUAUGCACGUUUCAGAGAAGCUAGUCCACUGACUCCUGAGUGUGUAUUGUCCAUUAGUACCAUAAAAUACCAUGUACAAAUAAGUUAUGUAAAUGUACAUCUUGAAUUUCCUGGCAAUGUUUUUCACUCUUACUUGUGCACCUAAUUUGUUUCAAUACAAUUUUCUGAAACCAUCUAUUUUUUUUCUCGUGCACCUAUCAUUCAUCACGUAGUUGUGGUACAAGUGCGCAGCCUAAGGGGUACAAAAUCAGUUUUUGGAAAGCAAUUUGUAGGUGCGUAUAAUACACAAAUUCGUAUUAUACAGGGUAUAUUUUGGUACCUGUAAGAUACAUUAGCUUACUUCUCAAAUCUUUGCUCUGUACAAAAGGUUUUAUUUAAAAAGAAAAAAAAACUUUAAAAAGUCACAACAGCUUUUCAUAAUUAUUGACAGUCGGAGAGUCAACCAAAUUGUUAGCCGUUACUGGUGAUUCUUUUUUUCUUCUGGUCCCUCAUCUGCUCAGGGACUCUCUAAGCUUCUCAUACACCAUCUGGUCCUGCAAAGAAAAGUAUAUAUAAAAAGUAACUGCAUGUAGCUUAAACGUUUGUUUGCAAAAAAAAAACGAGCAAAGUUGCAACACAAGGACUUAGGGCGUAGGUUUGCAUGGGACAGUAGGGACAUAACACUACCAACUUUUCAGGAUGCUCAUAUUGCCCCCACCAACUUUUAAGCAACCUUAUUUGCAUUAUACAAUGAGUUCAGUUAUACAAGUAAUUAUGAUAGUCUUCCUAUAUGUUGUAAGAAUAGAAUUGACCCUACCAUUAUUAAGUGAAUUACAGUACUUUAAUUAUGUUCAGACUUACAUUGACCCCUUUUCACUUGUUGAAUGUGCCAGUCCAUCCCCCCCUCCCUAACGCACGUUUGAUUGGCUGAUGACUUGACCCUCCCCACACACACACACCCGUCCCCUUCGAAGACGGGGAUAUUAGAAGUUUUUGUCUGCCAGCAGCAGCCACUUUCACUAAUGCAAAAACGUCAAUGUUGUGGAGGUACACACCACUAACUUUGCUACUGAAAGUGCGACCUGCAUCAGAGUUGGCAUAACAUUAAUCUGAGCAAAUUUUCUCUAAUUUCUCAAAUUUGAGGAGAAAGCUGCUUUGAGUGAAAAUAUCCUCCUGGAUGUUUUCGACUGUUAAUGUCAAUUAAACUAAGAAAUCCAGUGAACCAAUGUUUACCCUGUUCUCUGCAGUUUUAAUUUUUUUAAUUAUGUGGUCUGAAAGCAGCCCAAAGGAGCUUUAAUUUUUUUUGUUUUUGUUUUGUUUUUUGAGUUUGGCUGUGCUUUUGUGGACAAAAACGGUAGUGUUUUACCUGAAGGAAGGCUCUAUUUGUAUGUAUUUUGGUUAUU